AGAUGCUACAUGUGAGAAGACAAUAAUGUGAAGUCAGGCCCCAUCAUUCUUUGUGGAGCAGCUCAUAGGCUGUUCAGGCAACUGAGUGAAGUGAACAGGGAAGAAUGAAAGCAGAGAUUCCUAUAUGAAACAUAACAUGAAGAUGUGGAGCCUUCAAAACCUGCUGCUCAUCAUCUGCAGCAAGUUAAUAUACCCUAAGAUUUAAAAGAAAGUAUACAUAUUGACACAAAUGUGCUCUGAGUAUUAAAUGUACAUCUUUAUGCUGUGAAAAUUGAUUAAUGUCAUUUAAAUCAAUCAUUCUGGAGUGAUGAUUAUAUUGAAUUAAGAUGUAUUUCAAGGCGUUUCUUUCUAUUUCCUGUUUUACAGUUCCACUGCAUUGUGUGACCAGUGCAGCUGAUGUGAUCAAUGCAGCUGGAUACACUGGAAGAGAACUUAAAGUGUCCUGUCCCUAUCAAGAGGGAUAUGACUUUCAAGAGAAAUACCUGUGCAGGAAUGAGUGUGACAAUGAUGAUGAAAUUGUGAUUAAAACUACAGAAGUGAAGAAGGGCAAAUACUCCAUCCUUGAUGACAAAAAGAAACAAAUCUUCACAGUGACCAUCUCUGAUCUUGAUCAUACGGAUGCUGGUAAAUACCGAUGCAUGAUGACCAAAGUAGGAGUGGAUCCCUCGAGUGCUGAAGUACAUGUGGAGGUGGUGCCAGACACCUGCUGUGACCGACCCAACAAAGUCCAAGGCUAUGAGACAGGUUCAGUGUCCUUCAGUUGUCCGUAUGAGUCUAAGUACCGGACCAACAUAAAGUACAUCUGCAGAGGAAACCAGUCCUCCACAUGUCUGCAGCAGGCUUUAAUCACCUCUGACCACAAACGAAACAGACAGUUCACACUGACUGAUGAUACAACAUCAAGGAAAUUCACAGUGACGAUUAAAAGUUUGACCCAAAGGGAUUCUGGUCCGUACCUUUGUGGUGUCCAUGGAAACACUGGAUUGGAUGUUUUCUCUGCUGUUGAGCUGGAAGUCAAAGCUUUACCAAAGCAGACCACUGUUGUGACCACUCUCAUCACUGUGGAACCUGUUAGCUCUACUUCACAAGCAACACAGAUCUCUGAGAAACCCACCAAAGAUGCAGCGCCCUCUAGCUGUUUGCUUCUUACUGUCCUUGCAGUUGUGGCUCUCCUGCUGAGUCUGGCGUUUGGCCUUGUCAUGGUUUAUAAAUAUUGCAAAUUACAAGGAGUUGGAGUCGUCAUGAACAGAAACAUGUGGAAGGCCACUGAGGCUGAAGAGAUGACGGCUGUUGUUGAUAUUUAUGGCUUUGAAGAUGACAUGUACUCCCACCUGGACUCCUACAAACAGAGCACAUUGUAACGUGAUAAUAAUAAUGCAGGUGAUGUAGGAAACUGUACACUGACAGCGGUCUGUCCCAUUUGUAAUUGACCCUGUAAUUGAAGAUGGUUAAAAAAUAAAAGCCACAUAAUUGUCUUAACUUAACUAGCUAAUGUUAGCAAAAUGCUAGCUAACUUUACAUCAGUCCUCAGUAAGUUAGUUAGCUAAUGUUUCACUAACAUUAGCUAACUAACUAACAAUGUUGCUAGAUUAGCCUAGCACGUAGUAUCUAAGAACAGGAAAGGAGGAAGUUGACCAAGGCUUGCUCAAUUGUUAUUGGAGCACAGAGCAUUAAGGGGCGGGACUUAGGAUGGGUCAAUCAGUUUUAAGUCAAUAACAAGUCAACAGUGUAUGAUUGAUCAAACUUUACGUUCUGGUCACAUUUGUUAUAAGCGUAUACUGUACUGCCUCAGCAAUCAGCUGACCAACACGUCCACCACUGUGGUAAACAGGUUGCUAUUUUUAUAUUUUUUAGAACCUUUAGAAUAAUUAUGAAUUGCUUGCAGUCGAUCACUUGACGUCUUUUUGAGACAUUCUGGAUAAAUGUUUCAGUCUAUUAAUCAAAAUGUUUUGUGCCUUUUGCAAAAUGAACAAAUAAAGAAAACUGUGAGAAACCAGCGCUUAUACUAUAGUAAGCAUUGACGCUACAUUUCUAACUUAUGAAUGUUACUGUAGAAUAAAUAUAUAGCAAUCUUUACGAUAUCUGUUGUCAGUGUGGUGGAGAAAUGAUAAAACAAGAAUAAUAAUUCACAGAGGUAAUAUGCAUUUAUAUUUUCAAAACAUAAAUGUCUGGUUUUAUACCCUUUACUGCUGAGAAGUGCACCAGAACCUGUUGCCUACAUGAUGCUUUGCAGUGCAGUUCCUUGUGAGGCAGAGGAUGUAGGAGUUAGUCAGGUCACAGAAUCGGAGAGAAAACAAUAAAUUACACAGCAAUAACAUAUUAGAGGUUAGGUUGCCAUUGAGAUAAGGCCUACAUCUCACAGUGCAGAGCUCCCUUUAAUAUGUGUUUGACUGACUGAUAUAUAAAGGAUUGGAAGGAUAUUUAGAUAAACUCAAACAAUCAAUAUCAAUCACAAUGCUUUACUAGCUGCAUCUGCAUUCACGUACAAAUACUGAAAACAUCACUCUACAGGUCUUGACCCAUCCAAACCUUAUUUUGAUGUAUUUGCUGCUGCAAUUUAAUCAUCUAGAUUUCAGGAUGCCAAGCGGCCUCAAUGGUGGUGUAGUGGCAGCCUUAAUCGUGAGUGGGUCA